UUUUUCAUAUUUAACAUUUGACAACUGUUUGUUUUCGCAUUCUCUGAUUGACAUGGCAAAAAGGAAUUGAACGAUAUCUCUAGUUUAAAUAUCCAAUUCCGAAUAAUCCAAACAAGGGGGCGAUUGUGAAUUUUAUUUUAUUUUGAAAUCAAUUUAGAACUAUGAGUAGUAUGCUAAAAACUCCUACUACAAUAUUCAAGAAAAUCCUACAACGAACAUUAGAGACAGAAAAAACAAAGUUAUGCCGUCAGCUUCAUCAAAAUGUUAACAAAGGUAGUGCAAAGUUGAGCACUGAAUGUGGAGGUUCAUCGUAUCCAGUAUAUGACCACAAGUAUGAUGCUGUUGUUGUGGGAGCUGGAGGAGCUGGUUUGCGAGCUGCCUUCGGUCUUGUGGCUCAGGGUUUUAAAACGGCAGUGGUAACUAAACUAUUCCCUACUAGAUCUCACACAAUUGCUGCCCAAGGUGGAAUAAAUGCUGCCCUUGGUAACAUGGAGGAAGAUAACUGGCUUUGGCACAUGUACGAUACAGUAAAAGGUUCUGAUUGGCUUGGAGACCAAGAUGCUAUACAUUAUAUGGCAAAAGAAGCGCCAAAAGCAGUUAUUGAAUUAGAAAAUUAUGGUAUGCCUUUUUCUCGUACUAAAGAUGGAAAAAUAUAUCAAAGAGCAUUUGGUGGUCAAUCUUUGAAAUUUGGAAAAGGAGGUCAAGCACAUAGGUGUUGUGCAGUAGCCGACAGAACCGGUCAUAGUAUGUUACAUACUCUGUAUGGUCAGAGCUUACGAUAUGACUGCAAUUAUUUCAUUGAGUAUUUUGCGUUGGAUUUGAUUAUGGAAGACGGCAUGUGUAAGGGAGUUAUUGCGCUUAAUCUGGAUGAUGGCACACUUCACAGAUUUAAUACUAAUAAUACAGUUUUGGCUUGUGGUGGAUAUGGACGAGCCUACUUCUCAUGCACCUCUGCUCAUACUUGUACUGGUGAUGGAACAGCUAUGGUGAGCCGUGCUGGACUUCCUUGUCAGGAUCUCGAAUUUGUCCAAUUUCACCCCACUGGUAUUUAUGGAGCUGGUUGUUUAAUGACAGAAGGUUGCCGAGGUGAAGGAGGUUAUUUGAUAAAUUCCGAAGGUGAAAGGUUUAUGGAAAGGUAUGCCCCAGUGGCUAAGGAUUUGGCUUCUAGGGAUGUAGUGUCCCGUAGUAUGACCAUGGAAAUCAGAGAAGGUCGUGGUUGUGGACCAGAAAAAGAUCAUGUAUACCUCCAAUUGCACCAUCUUCCUGCUGAGCAAUUGCAGCAGAGACUACCUGGUAUUUCAGAGACUGCUAUGAUAUUUGCUGGUGUAGAUGUAACUAGAGAACCAAUACCAGUAAUUCCAACAGUACACUAUAACAUGGGCGGUGUUCCUACUAAUUACAAAGGACAGGUAUUAGAUCAUAAGAAUGGUGCUGACGUUAUAAUUCCUGGAUUAUAUGCUGCAGGCGAAGUAGCCAGUAAUUCAGUUCAUGGUGCUAACCGAUUAGGUGCUAAUUCCUUGUUGGAUAUCGUAGUCUUUGGAAGAGCUUGCGCCCUUACUAUUGGGGAAACAAAUAAACCUGGUGAUAAAGUGCCCGAAUUUUCUUCGAAUGCGGGUGAAGCUAGUAUUGCUAAUUUAGACUGGUGCAGAAACGCUAAAGGUUCUACACCAACUGCUGCACUUAGAUUGAAGAUGCAAAAGACCAUGCAAAGCCAUGCAGCUGUGUUCAGAGAUGAAGAAUAUCUAAAAGAAGGUGUGGAUAAGAUGUCUGGUAAUUACAAUGAAAUGAAGGACCUUAAAGUUCAUGAUCGGAGUCUAAUUUGGAAUAGUGAUCUUGUAGAAACUCUUGAACUGCAGAAUCUUAUGCUUAAUGCCAUGCAGACCAUUGUUGGUGCAGAAAAUAGAAAGGAAAGUCGUGGUGCUCACGCCAGAGAGGACUAUAAAACGAGGAUUGACGAAUAUGACUACUCAAAACCUUUAGAAGGUCAAACAAAGAAACCCGUUGAAGAGCAUUGGCGCAAGCAUACCCUCACCAACAUUAAUGUUGAAACUGGAAAAGUUGACAUCAGAUACAGACCAGUUAUAGAUAAGACCCUUGAUUUGACAGAAUGCCCUACUGUACCACCUGCAAUAAGAUCUUAUUAAGUUCUUUGCUUUAUGUUGAAAGGAGAAAGAACAAAAUUUUUAGAGGAGGAAUUCUAGUUCAAAUUAAUGAAUAAGCCAAUGUAAGAUCAUAAGUGUGAUGGAUUAGAUCUCCUCUUAUAACUAUAUGUUCUAAGAAAUAAAAGGUUUGUGAAUGUUUUUACCUCCUAAACAUCUGUAUUAUUGUUUCAGAUAUUGCACAAAAGUGAAAAGCAAUGUUUACAAUGUAUAUUAGCCUUUUAAGAACAGUUUCAAUAGAGCUUUUCAAAUGAAGUAUUUUUAUCAAUUCUAAUUGUUGAUUUGUAUUAAGUUCAAACAAAACAUUAUAUUCUCCCCCAUUUUAUUUAUUAUUAUUGUUAGUUAUUAUAAUUUACUUCAUUUGUUGAUUAUGUACUUAUUUUUUAAAAUAACAAAUAGCUAUGUUAUGCAAGUUUUGGUUCAUUCGAUUGUAUUGAUAUGAUAGAUAAUAAUUAAAUAGUUUAAGGUGAAAUGAAAAAAUUGUAAAGAAAAAUAAAGGCAAAUAUUCGUUGUA